CGCACGAUGUCGGUCACGAUAGUGCUUUUCUACACAUUCGUCACGCUGUUCAUGUUCCUGUCGUACAAUCCGAAGCCGAAGAAAAUCAUUGAAUCGAUCCGAAGCUUCCUGUUGCAUCUGCUGCAUCUGAACGGGGACGGUGGAGGGGGUGUGCAAUCCGACGGCCCACGUUCCUCGCCCACCACCUGCACCCGGAGCGAGGCGGAAAACGGAGAAAACGAUGGUGAGCGCGUGCCGCAGGUUAAAUCCAUCUGGGAGAUUCCGGGACCACGCCGGCUACCACUGAUCGGGACGAAAUGGCUUUACUUCACCGGGCGCCAGCGCUACUCGAAAGUGCACGAGGCAUUUCUGGACCUGCACCGGCGCUACGGCAAGAUCGUGCUGGACGUCGACACGGUGCCGAUCGUGAACCUGUUCGAUCGUGCCGACAUGGAGAAGGUGCUGAGGUACCCGAGCCGCUAUCCGUUCCGGCCGCCAACGGAAAUUAUCGAGCUGUACCGACGAAGCCGACCCGACCGGUUCGGGGUGACCAAUCUGAUCAAUGCUCAGGGUGAAAAAUGGCACGAGCUACGGUUGAAGUUGACCAGCGGCAUAACCUCGAGGCGGAUCCUACAAUCUUUCAUUCCAUCGGUCAACGAGAUUUGCGAAGACUUCGUCGAUCUCGUGCGUCGACAACGGGCGGAGGAUGGCACGAUAUAUAACUUCCAGGACAUCGCCAACUCGGUCGGGCUUGAGAUUAUCUGCUGCCUGGUGCUGGGACGUCGUAUGGGUUACCUCACGACGGAUCGACGCAACGAAAAGUUCAUUCGAUUGGCCGAAGCGGUCAAGGAGUCGUUCGUUUACAUCAGCCAGAGCUACUACGGGUUCAAGCUGUGGAAGUACGUGCCGACGCGCCUCUACCAUAACUUUGUCCGCUGCGAGGAGAUCAUCUAUGACACGAUCGCAGAGAUUGUGUACGAGGCACUCGAGGAGGAGCAGCUCAACUGCCCGGACAAUGACGUGAAGCACAUCUUUAUCAGCAUUCUGCAGUCGCAAGGGCUGGAUACGAAGGAGAAGAUAUCCGGCAUUAUCGACCUCAUCACCAGUGCCAUAGAAACGCUUUCCAACACACUCUCGUUCCUGCUGCACAACCUAAGCCAAUCGGUGGAACACCAGCGGACGAUCGCGCACGAGUUUGCCCACUGCACGAAGAGCAUCACCAAUGAGGAUCUCGUGGCGGCCAGCUUCACCAAGGCGUGCAUACAGGAGUCGUAUCGCAUUUCGCCCACCACACCCUGCCUGGCGCGCUUCCUCGAGGAGGACUUCCAGCUGUCCGGAUACCAUUUGAAGGCGGGCACCCUCGUCCUGUGCCAUACACGAAUUGCCUGCCAGAGUGAGGAGAAUUUCCAGCAGGCCGAUCGGUUCCUGCCCGAACGCUGGCUUGACCAGCGUGACGAAAACGACAACGUUGUUUACAAGCGGCAGGAACCGGGCGCCCCAAUCGUCCUACCAUUCGGUAUUGGUCGGCGUAUGUGUCCCGGGCAGAAGAUCGUCGACAUCGAGCUAACGCUUCUGAUAGCGAAGAUUUUCCAAAACUUCGAGAUCGAGUAUCGUAGUCCGCUCGACACACAGUUCCAGUUCUUACUGGCACCGCGGACACCGAUCGAGAUAAGAUUCCGCGAUCGACAGUAG